GAGGGAUUCCUCAGCAGAGUUUUGGCAGUGACAGACUGCUACCUGUGAGCAUUGAAAAUGCCAGUCAUAAAUGUGGAGGACUUGACAGACAAGGACAAGGCUGUUAUGGAAGUAACUCAACUCAAAACUGAAGUAAAGCUUGAGAGGUGGUUGACAUCUAAAUGCUGUGAGGAAAUCAAGGAAUACAUUCAGGCUGGGGUGGAGGAGGACAUCCUUGUCAAAGGCAUCGCAGAGGACAAGAACCCCUUCAAGGAGAAAGGUGGAUGUGUCAUCUGCUGAAAUGGACCUAAGGAGCUUUUCCUAUCUCAGAUUAGUACCCAAGGACAUUCUCCCUCCUCUUGUAAAGUGGAUUUGCAGACUGAGAAGACUAGAAGGACAUGAUAAAGACAGAAGUUAUAAAACAGCACAAACUACCCUGUAUAUGAAUGAAUUUACCUCUUUUGAGUAUGCAGAUUUUACCAAUUUCACCCUAUGAACAGAUGCUAAAAUGAGAGUUUUUGUUCUGCAUGAGUUCUUAUAAUAACAAUGCUUCCCUUUCAUGUUACAUAUAUAGCUUGAAUAAA